AUGCAACCACCUCCUCGUGGUGAGUCCUGGGUAGUUCAUUAUGAACUAGCGAAGAGUUGCAUAAAUGAUGAUAUAUUUUCCUCGAUAAAUGUACAGAAAAAAGCUAACUGUAGACUUUUCAAAACAACUAGACUUCAAAUAUUAGAAAAGCAGAUAGACGACGCUUGGCCCGGGAGUACAGAACAGAAACCAGAUCCAGAAAGCCAUCGCAGAGCCAGAGAUCGAAAUACAGGCCAGAAGCCAGAUCCAGAAAGCCAUUGCAGAGCCAGAGAUCGAAGUACAGAACAGAAACCAGAUCUAGAAAGCCAUUGCAGAGCCAGAGAUCGAAAUACAGAACAGAAACCAGAUCCAGAAAGCCAUCGCAGAGCCAGAGAUCGAAAUACAGGCCAGAAGCCAGAUCCAGAAAGCCAUUGUAGAGCCAGAGAUCGAAAUACAGGCCAGAAGCCAGAUCCAGAAAGCCAUUGCAGAGCCAGAGAUCGAAAUACAGGCCAGAAGCCAGAUCCAGAAAGCCAUUGCAGAGCCAGAGAUCGAAAUACAGGCCAGAAGCCAGAUCCAGAAAGCCAUUGCAGAGCCAGAGAUCGAAAUACAGGCCAGAAGCCAGAUCCAGAAAGCCAUUGCAGAGCCAGAGAUCGAAAUACAGAGCAGAACCAGAUCCAGAAAGCCAUUGCAGAGCCAGAGAUCGAAAUACAGGCCAGAAGCCAGAUCCAGAAAGCCAUUGCAGAGCCAGAGAUCGAAAUACAGAACAGAAACCAGAUCCAGAAAGCCAUAGCAGAGCCAGAGAUCGAACUACAGAACCAGAAGCCAGAUCCAGAAAGCCACUACAGAACCUACAAACUACAGGAUCACUUGCACAGCCAUUCCAAAACCAGGAGAGCCGCAACGUCCAGAAACAUAAAGAAAAAACCGUAA